AUCCAUCCACCAGAGGUCCUCAGACUUCACCUCCUGUCCCAGUCUCCUGCCACUCCAGGUCCAACCACUCCCUUCUACCAUGCAGUAACCCCUGACCUUCCUCCACCUACCUACUCACCUGCUUCCUAUUCACCUGAUCAGCCUGGCAGCAUGUGUACCAGCUACACUGGAACCAGAACCAGCACCAGCACCUGUCUGCACCUUUUUCCUGUUCACUCUCAACUACUUCUGUUUGGACUUUCUACCCGUACCAGGCAUGAGUGGUGAGUUUAAGAGUGAGAGGAAGAGCCACCAGACAAUCAGACGGAGGAGCAACAACAAACCAGAACACAUCUGUGCUGUGGAGAGUUAGUGAAGCCUGAGUCAUGCGUCCAGCUGUGGUAACUGCUGUCCUGCUGUUGGUGUGCGUCCUGAACGCCGUGACAGCCCAACCUGGCCAUACCAGGACGUCACCUUCGGAGAUAUGUGAAAGAUAUCCAGAUAAGCCUUGUGGUGACGGAUGGAGCUACAUCGCUGAGAAUCGCUGUGUUAAACACUUCGACACUCCAAAAGUUUACGCGGCGGCACGGUACCACUGCAUCACCAUCAAAAGUUCACCGGUGUCAAUACACAGCGAAGACGAGCUGAAUAACCUGCUUUGUCUCACCUGGAGGUUGAACCCCGAACUCCAACCUUUCUGGAUCGGGGCCAGAAAAUCAGGGCUUUAUAACCGUAGAUUUACAUAUUUUGAUCAAACUCCAUUCGACUUUGAGGGCUGGUACCGUGAUGAGCCAGACAACGCUACCAGAGACGAGGACUGCAUUGAGUCGAACUUUAAAGACUGGGGAUACUGGAAUGACGUAAGCUGCUCAGAGAUGAGGAACUUUGUGUGCGCCAAGACUGUGUGAUCAUCACCAGCUGAUCAGCUGAUGUGCUGCAGGUGGACCGGUCUGUUUCAUGAUAACCACUGCAAACACAAGCUCUUAAAUUUACUGCAAUAAAAAGCUUCAGCAUUCAUG